AUGCCCAAACUCGGUAUUGUGUGCAGUCCUCUGCCAGCAGCUAUGUGUGAGGGUGAGGUGUAUACCGGGACCAUCCGACUGAUUAAUACGGGACGGGCUCCUCUCAAGGAACUAUGCGUCAUCACCUCCGAUCCCAGUCUCAUCGGCUUUGAUAUGGGGAAGCGCUCGUUGUGCGAGUCAAUUG